AUGUCGCCCUCAUUACCAAAAUCAUCAUUUGUAUUCGUCAUUCUUUUCACGAUAUCCUGCCUCGUCCCAUUCACAACAGCCCUGCCUGGAGGAUUGCGACCGCGGGAGAUACUACCAGAUUUUCUCUCCUUUAUUCCAAGCUGUGCGGUAAAAUGCACAUCAAGGAAAAUUGCCGAUGUGGAUUGCCAGGAUAAUAGUCAAGCAUGUCUCUGCAACUCACCGGGGUUUCAAGACUCUCUCUGGGAAUGCAUCGACGGGGACUGUGGUGGUCCAAGAUCACAAGCGCACGAUGAAUCUGAGAGUACGGUUAAGAGUCUGUGCAAGUCAAGAGACUCGAUGACCGAGACUUCUACUAGCUCAACGUCGUCGCAGACACCGACCUCCGCCACGGGUUCCCCCGAAUCAGCGGCUGAGACUUCAACAGCUUCGAGAUCUUCCCAAGAGGCUUCCCCUACAGCCCAGAUCUCAAUAACUCCUACAGCUGCAGCUGAUGGACCCCUUACUGAGGAUACCACUGUCUCCGAUGGUGCCACUGCUUCCGCGAGUACGGCUGUAAUUAAGAAAGAAAAACUCAAGUUGUCGACCCCGGCAAUUGUUGGGAUUUCCAUCGGUGCCUUCUGCUUAACAGCAGCAGUGAUUGGGGCAUGUGUCUUUUGUAUAUGCAGAAAGAACCAUAGAAAACAGGCCCAGUCGCUCGAGCCCCAUGCUCCUCGCGGCGGAGCUGCCAUUAGUGGCGACAAGGAGAAUACCGGAUAUGGCGGAUGGAUUUCCAUAGACCACAGCAACAAUACCGGUGGCUAUUACUCAAAUCAUGGGGUGACACCGAUCAACACAGACGUGGCGAACGAGAAGCCUAAUGCUCAUAAUGGCCUGAAUAUCUCUCCCGUCUCCCCAGUCAGCCCCACAAUCUUUCGAGGAUUCGAAUUUGGGGAGUCUAUACAGCAACGAGGCCAGCCUGCUGGAUCGCAGAAAAUUAUGGAAAACCCACAUCAGUUUAUGCCACCAGAAAUGAUAUACACACCUCCGAGCCCCAUCGGAUCUGUGGACCGAACAUCAGAUUCAGUCAUCUUGCCCUCACCUGCCCAGAAUAGAAUACACUCCUCGAACUUCUCUGUCCAUUCUUACGACGGUUAUCCAGGCAUAGCAAUUUCCACAGAUUCCCCGGAGGAUUUCCAGAUGUCUUCACAACACCACACGUGCUCCUCAACUACUGAGAAGCGUUCUGAUCAUCCUAGUGAUCCGCUCAUCUCAGCAGCCACUCCACCAAAAUAUACUCCAUCGCCUCCAGUAUCGGAAAGCUCCGCCAGUAUCAGGUCAUCAAUACACUCAACUCAGGGACCGCCGACUACGGGUAUCUCUCGAUCGGAUACACUGGCGUGGAGGCGAGAGCUGGACGAGGCAGCAGGACGCGCAUUAACGCGUGUGCUGCAUUCUGAACAGAGCAUCAACGAGGAGAUGGAUGAGGCGAAGCGACGGAAAAGCAGUAUCCCAGGUCUGAAUAGGUUCUCCAGGCGGCUGAGCCGAGACCACAGGGCGGACGAGGAGAACAGCUUGGUCGGAGGCGAAAAAAGUACAGGUUUUUGGGGCGGUUUUGGUUACAAGGGCAGCCGUAUAAGUCGUACAAGUCCUGCCAAAAAUUCGGGGUUCAUGGGCAGACGUUCGAACAGUAAUGCUAGUGGGGGUAGCAAACGUUCAAUAAUUCCAGAAAGAGGGGGACGCAUUAAUUAA